AUGCGGAGCGCGCUCUUUAGGCAGGUAGGAAGGGUGCUGAUUGCGGUGGAGCGCGAGAAUCCCCUCGAUAUCAUCGGCAUCCACGGCGAAGUUACUUGUUCGGACGUUUACUUGACCUCGACUCUGUUUGCUUCUCGACUUGAAGCCACGACCAUUGCCCGAUAG